AUGGAGGGUACUCCCUAUGCAAGUGGGGUUGGAAGCAUCAUGUAUGGUAUGGUUUGUAGUAGACCAGACUUAUCCUACGCAAUUAGUGUGAUAAGUCGGUUUAUGGCAAAUCUGGGUCAAGUGCACUGGCAAGCUUUGAAGUGGGUUCUGAGAUAUUUGAAUGAAUCUUUGAAAGGUUGUCUAAGGUAUACAAGGUCACAACCAGGUAGGGAGGCUUUGGAGGGAUAUGUGGAUGUGGACUAUGUAGGUAAUGUAGACACUAGGAUAUCUUUGUCAGGUUUUGUGUUUACAUUGUUCGGUACACUAGUAACUUGGAAGGCAAAUCAACAAUCAGUUGUAGCUCUUUCAACAACUCAAGCAGAGUACAUAGCCCUUGUUGAAGGGGUCAAGGAAGCCAUAUGGUUGAAAGGUAUGAUUGGAGAAAUGGGGAUUAGUCAAAGGCGUGCGAAGAUAUAUUAUGAUAGCCAAAGUGCCAUUCAUUUGGCAAAUCAUUAG